CCCUGGACUACCGUUGUCACCAGCACAGGGCGAGUUCCAACUGCCAAUAACAGAGACUCGGCGAAUCAGCUUCCAUUGGUGAUGUCAGGCAGACGCAGCACCACAGCCUAGUAUUCACUGUCCCCGCGUACUGACGCUAGUUUGGUUUAGUCUCUUCAUAGACACAGUACUGAUUAUAAUUUUAAUUAUUUUUUUAUAAAGCAUAAAUACCGCACGCAACGUAUAAGUUUUCCUACGAAUCUUUAACGGAGAGAACUUUAUUUCAGUAAAGCUGAUACUUUUAUUGUGGUAUUCUUAAGACGACAGUGUAGAAACUAUCUCACUUAUAUCUUGUUUUAAAGUUCUAGAAAUAUAUUAUAAAAGUAUUUUCAAACCGCCAACAUGAAAACCUCGUUGAUGUUCACAUGGAUUCUUAACUUGGCUGUCGUGCUCGCCCUCCCGAUGCAGAAACGUUCUUCUUUAAAGCGCAAUUUACGGAAUACCCCCACACUUGUUCAAUGUAUGGACAUGCAAAGUUUCGCUGGCGAAUACAAAUUUGUGGCAGAUGGAAGCGGAAGUGUAUGUGGACUUUAUUUAAUUUCACUUCCGGAGAAGUUAAUAGAGCUUGAGUUCCUGGACUUUAACGUGGAUUGUGAGGCGGGCGGUCUUGCUGCGCUAGUAGAUGGAUGGGAGAUGAAUGGCCAGUUUUUUCCACCUCCUGCUGACCAUCACCUCACCCUUAACCAAAGGUACAUGACAUUUUGUGGCCAAUCAAAACCCCGGAGAGUUUUGGUAUCGUCACAGAACGUCCUUCUCAUACAGAACAGAAUACCAGUCCAAGGUCAAGGUUUCACCGUCAAGGUCAAGUUCAUCGACAAUCCACAACCAUGCAAUGCGGUAUCAAUGUUCACCCAAGGCGUGCAUACAAUCAAGAACUACGGACAACGUCGGAACUGUUCCGUCUCGAUUAUCUACCCUGAAAUGGUACACCUGGUGUCUGUCGAUGUGGGCGUGACCGCUAAGAUGAACGAAGUUGAUAGUGACCUCGGACUUUCAGAUCAGUGUCGGGACAGUAGAGGGAAUACUGACUACGUGGAGGUGAUCGGUGGAAAUGGGUUCGAAACUGACUCUAGCAACAGAAGGGAACUGGCCUGCGGACUCACCACUGGCGCUGAGAGACGUGGAACCCCCGUCGCCUGUACCAAUACUGUGAUACGAAUGGUGUCCAGUGGGGAAUACUUCAACACUGUCACGUUUGUGUACACCCAGCCCACAGAGGAAGACCUCAUGCGGGAUAACGGCACGUGUUGAGGAAAGAGCCACAAGCAUGGGACACGUUUGUUUCCACAGAUGCUUACUCCUCGCCAGCUUUGUUGACAGAUUCAUGGAGCCGUUCGGGACGUGAACUAUGAACUCUAAAUCCGAUUGACUGUUGAAGAAUGGCAUGUUGUACGCCCACGGAAGCCCUCAUUGACAUGCAUCGUUGUAUUUUUGUGUAACAAAGACUCAUUUGUCAAAAGCAGAUUAAAGAAAUAUUUUUAAAGUUGUCUUACUCGCUCUGUAAAAAAUCUUCAUUUACUGGUAUCAAGCUAAAAGUUUGGAACUGCGAUACCAGAAUUAAAA